CUGGGACUUCCGGCGCGGCGUGUGGGCUUUGUGGGGCGUUAUGCGGGUUCGGGCUGCGGGUCCCCGCGUCGGGUGGUGACGCGAGGGUGACUUCAUAGGGUUCCCGAGAUGAAGGCUCGCCCGACACCAUGUCUGAUCCACUCAGGGUGAUGGAGGCCCCUGACCCGGCACUUGAGGCCGGGGUGGGAGAGCUCCUGGGGGACCCGGGUGGCCAGGACCCAGGGCACCCCCCCACUCCGGCCAUGGAGGCUCAGUGGAGGAUCCAGACAGGGGAGCUGGUGUCAGCGUGCAGUCAGGUGGCCAGGGGCGCCCCAUUGAGCCCUGAUCUUGCCCUUCCUCCGGACCUCAUAGAGGGGGACGCCCACCCUCGUGAUGUUUGUGGCCAAAGUUUCUCGUUCAGCUCAGACCUCAUCAGGCAGCAGGGAGGCCACGCCGGGAAGAGGCUGUGUGUGGGCCGCCUGUGUGGGGACCUGGCCGAGCAGCAGCACACCCCCGCCGGGGACAAGCCCUUUCCGUGUGCGCAGUGCGGGAAGGCCUUUGGGCACAGCUCGGACCUGGCCCGGCACCAGCGAGGCCACAGCCGAGAGAGGCCUUUCGAGUGCCCGGAGUGCGGGAAGGGCUUCGGCCAGAGCUCGCUGCUCAUCCGGCACCAGCGCAUCCACACCGGCGAGCGGCCCUUCGAGUGCACCGAGUGCGGCAGGGCCUUCCUCCGCAGCUCCAGCCUCGUCCGGCACUACCAGAUCCACACGGAGGUGCGGCAGUACGAGUGCCGGGAGUGCGGCAAGGCCUUCCGCCACCGCUCCGACCUCACCGAGCACCAGCGCAUCCACAGCGGCGAGCGGCCCUUCGAGUGCCGGGAGUGCGGCAAGGCCUUCAUCCGCAGCUCCAAGCUCGUCCAGCACCAGCGUGUGCACAGCGGCGAGCGGCCCUACGUGUGCGCCGAGUGCGGGAAGCGCUUCAGCCAGACGUCCAACUUCACGCAGCACCAGCGCAUCCACAGCGGCGAGAAGCUGUACGUGUGCCAGGAGUGCGGCAAGGCCUUCUUCCUGAGCUCCUACCUCAUCCGGCACCAGAAGAUCCACACGGGCGAGCGCGUGUACGAGUGCCGGGAGUGCGGCAAGGCCUUCCUGCAGAAGGCCCACCUCACCGAGCACCAGAAGAUCCACUCGGGGGACAGGCCCUUCGAGUGCCAGGCCUGCGGCAAGGCCUUCAUCCAGAGCUCCAAGCUGCUGCUGCAUCAGGUGGUCCACACGGGCGAGAAGCCCUAUGUGUGCAGCCGCUGCGGCAAGGGCUUCCUCCAGCGGGCCAGCUUCCUCCAGCACCAGAAGGCCCACUCCGAGGAGGGGCUCCACGAGGGCAGCUCGCUCGGGAAGGCCACGGACGCCCCGCCGCAGGGCCCCCCUAUGGACGGCCUGUAGCAGCUGCUGCCCUGCGGCGGGGCAGUGCCCGGGAGGGUCCUGCUGGCAUGUACGGUCUGCACGUCUGUUCCCUGGGUUCCAGCCGAGGCUGCUGUGCAGCUGGCACUCGCCAUGCAGUACCCAGGACCUGCCCUCCUGGGCUACAGCUUGAGGGCAGGUGGCACAGGUGGCUGGACUGCCUGUUCACCCUGCAUUCUGCAGCCCAGGGCUGUGGCUCCAGGCCUAGUACCGUUGGGCCUUACAUGAGGACCGCCUGGU